UAAAAGGGGCGUGCAGCGUCGUGGACAGCUCCAGUCUCACAGCACAGGCCGGCCCGCUCAGGCUCAUACUUUCUUCCUGUCCGAUUUUUUACGUAAUUCAUAACCGGGGUUCUUUUUGUUUCUUAGCCUUCCCUCCCCCCUGCCCCCCCACUACUUCUCAGUAAUUCCAUUUUUCUUUUUGAGCCCCCCCUCCAUUUUUUGUGUUGUUUUUUUCUCUUUCCACCGCACGGCUUUUGUUAUUGUUGUUGUUGUUAUUGUUGUUAGUAGUCGUAGUGGUCGUUAGUCGUCCUUAUAGAUUUUUCACACGGGCAGGGAUUUAGAGGAAUAUUAAUUUUGUGCAGGAGAGUCAUUUUAUAAUUGUGUCUUUAUUUUUUUUGGUCACCGUUAGUUAUCUAUUAUUAUAAUUACAAUAAUCAUAAUUUAUUAUUAUUUAUUCUGCAAUAAAAAACGAAGCUUCUUCAACUGUUGGCUUCAUUUCAAACGCCCAACCAUCCACAGCACCAGCACCAGCAUCGGGUCGGCACAGCGAUUGUACACGCGCUGGAAGAAUAUUACUUCGAAACAAUGGUCACGCAGGUACUGGCGGCCAUGGAGACCCACCUGGCAAACGGAUCGGUGUGCGGCGGCCCGGCGAACGUUGGGCCCAACUCCGGCGGCGGGGGCGGGGGGGGCGGCGGCGCCGGCUGCCCGCUGCUGGGGCCCUCGCUGCAGGCCGCCGGCUCCUCCAUGGAGGACAGCAAGACCAACCUCAUCGUCAACUACCUGCCGCAGACCAUGACCCAGGAGGAGAUGAAGAGCCUGUUCGGGAGCAUCGGCGAGAUCGAGUCGUGCAAGCUGAUUCGGGACAAGAUCACAGGUGGGCAGAGCCUGGGCUACGGCUUCGUGAAUUACGUGGACCCCAAGGACGCGGAGAAGGCCAUCAACACCCUCAACGGCCUCCGUCUGCAGACCAAGACCAUCAAGGUGUCCUACGCACGCCCCAGCUCGGCGUCCAUCCGUGACGCCAACCUCUACGUGAGCGGCCUGCCCAAGAACAUGAGCCAGAAGGAGCUGGAGCAGCUCUUCUCGCAGUAUGGGCGCAUCAUCACCUCCAGGAUCCUCGUCGACCAGGUCACCGCAGGCAUGUCGCGCGGCGUGGGCUUCAUCCGCUUCGACAAGCGCGUCGAGGCCGAGGAGGCCAUCAAGGGCCUCAACGGGCAGAAGCCGCCGGGGGCCGCCGAGCCCGUCACCGUCAAGUUCGCCAACAACCCGAGCCAGAAGACCAGCCAGGCCCUGCUGGCCCAGCUCUACCAGUCGCCAAUCCGCCGCUACCCAGGGCCCCUGCACCACCAGGCGCAGAGGUUCAGGCUGGACAAUCUCCUAAACAUGGCUUACGGAGUAAAGAGGUUCUCCCCGCUCACCAUCGACAGCGUCACCAGCCUGGCCGGCGUGGCAAUCCCCGGCCACACGGGCACAGGCUGGUGCAUCUUCGUGUACAACCUGUCGCCCGAGGCCGACGAGGGCAUCCUGUGGCAGAUGUUCGGCCCGUUCGGAGCGGUGACAAACGUGAAGGUGAUCCGCGACUUCGCCACCAACAAGUGCAAGGGCUUCGGAUUCGUGACCAUGACCAACUACGACGAGGCCGCCAUGGCCAUCGCCAGCCUCAACGGCUACCGACUCGGUGACCGUGUCCUCCAGGUCUCCUUCAAGACGAGCAAAGCUCACAAGGCGUAGUGCGGUGGGGUGGGUUGGGUGUGCGGGUGAGCGGGGGAGAGAGAGAGAGGGAGGGAGGGAGGGCUGGUGGGGGGGAUGAGUUGUGGGGCUGUUGCGGGGUGGGAAGCCGGGCGGUGAGCGUCCCACUCCCGACUCAGAUCGGACGACGCCGCGGUUGACGUGGUGGCACCGAUUUGCGUGAGAGAGGAUGAAACACGAUUACCCUCGACUUGGUUCCGUUUUGACUUGUGGUUUUUUUUUGUUUUGGGGGGGGGGGGGGGUAGGGGUGGGGAGGGAGGGGGGGGGCGGUUUCCUUCAGGUCCUCUUUCUUUUCAAAAACGGCAAAGGUCAACCCGUCCCCAACGACCUCGAGGACAUCCCGUCGCCAUUAAUCCGAGGUCGCUAUUUAUUAAUUGAGUUAACUUAUUUAUUUAUUUGUUGGCACGCCUGCUUGUUAUUUAUUUGCUUCCUCGCUGCGGCUUGAUCUUUCAUCGGGAGGGGGAGAGCCGUAGGCGCGUGGAGGCGUGCGAGCGCGGUCUUUUCUAGGCACGCGGACGACAAUGCGGUUAUCGUUCGGUUUUUUUCUCUUCCGAAAGUAAAAUGAUCUCGCAAACUGAUUUUCUUUUUUUUCCAAAUGAGGAGCUUGCGUGCUUAUUCGUAGCAGAGAACAAAAUGCAAUGCUUUUUUAUUUUCUUCUCGCGAGUUCACUGACUCUGCGACGAUGUCACCCUGACGACAUCGACAGUGUAACAGUCACGCUUGGAGAUUUUUGCGCGCAAAGAACAAAUGACGACAGGUAGAUUUGUACGGCGCGUAAAGAUAUGAAUGCCCUUUGUACAUUGGUAUUGACUUGCGUGCGGCAAUUUGAAAAGGUGAAUACUUUUUAAAACGAAGUAGACAAAUCGCCGACUUAUUAUAUCACCGACUUGGUAAUGCGAAUGAGCGUUUGUGGAAUCAUUUUCUAUGGCUAUGAAACCCAACUUGGCAUCGGCUACGUGCGACGGAUUAAAAAAGAAAAUAUUUACGAAAAUAAAUUAUCGCGCAUUGCUUUAGAGCCGUGCCGCUAAGCUGAACUCUUGUCACGAGGCGAGAGAUGUUAAAGCAGGAAACAAGGGACAUUUACGUAGCCUCAGCUGAAACAAAAAAAACGAUGCAGUUAUUAUAUAACGUAAUAUGUAAUAACUUUAAUCUUGAAUGUGAACCUUACGUCAAUUUUAAAUAGAUUUUAUUUUUUCUCCCUAACUCUUAAUUUUCGUAGUUUUUGUUGGUUCAUUUGUGUUCAUCACCCCCCGUGGCACCGUAGUUAUUGAUCUCCCUGAGCAUGUGCUCCUCUCCAUUCUGUUUGUGUCUCUGGCCCAUGUCGUGAGGCAUCAGUUGAACCCACCCUGUGCGAUAAUUUCAAACACCAAUCCCCAUUGUGCAUCACCGUUGUUGUUGUUGUUGCUAUUAUUAUUAUUGUACACGUUUCCUCGUUCCGUCUUGUCACCAAUGCAAAAGGGGUCUUUAAUCAUCAAAUAAAUAAUUUAUCGAUCCGUUAUUUAUUAUCAUAUUUAUUGGUGUUGUUUAUUAAUCUAUUUAUUACUUAUUUAUUGUUACUCGGCAAUUGAUGUAUCAACGCGCUUUGCUUUUUCACGCAAGUACUUAUAGCCGGACGGCGGAGAUUAUAAAUUGAUGAGACAAAACAAGGUCGAGCCUAAAUCGUCGCGUAAACAUUUCAACCCUAAACCCUGGGGAUGAAGAGUAGGGGGAAUCUAUUUACCGCGGAGGAAAUACAAAUAAAAUCGUUAAAAUCGCAACGAGCUUACU